CGGGGAUUCAUUUGGCGCGCGCUCUCAGACUCGACACAUGAUUCAAAGACUCGGAUUCAUCUGACCAUCACUAUGUCAACUAAAAGAGCCGAAUCAAAGCGUCGAUUCAUUCCCUGAACGACACAUCACUCGGAGUGAAUCAGUUCUCCUGAAGUCAAAGUGUUUCUCUUUCAGCUGAGACGCCAUUUUGUUGCUGUUCGGAGAAAAUAAUAAUAAAAACUCCAACUCCAGGCGGAACCGGUGAGAUUAAUGAAGCCCAGCAUGGAGUGCUGAGUAAAAGAGUGUAAUUCAUUCACUCCAAGAGAUCAGCAUCUUCAGGAAUCAGCAGUGAGUCCAUGAGCUGUGUGUCCAUACACUAAUAUUCAAAAAUGGAGAGCCGUGAUCUGGACACAGAUAAUGUGACCCCACCCUCAGAAAAGCGUAAACUCCAGAUGAAGAGAUCAGACUCACCAGAACCCAGCUGUGUCUCCAUGAAGAGUGAUCAGUCUAUGGAUAUUCCUUCGCAAUUUAACAGUGGAAACCCCUCAUCUGUCCACAGUGAACUCCAGAUGAAGAGAUCAGACUCACCAGAACCCAGCCGUGUCUCCAUGAAGAGUGACCAGUCUAUGGAUAUUCCUUCGCAAUUUAACAGUGGAAACCCCUCAUCUGUCCACAGUGAACUCCAGAUGAAGAGAUCAGACUCACCAGAACCCAGCCGUGUCUCCAUGAAGAGUGACCAGUCUAUGGAUAUUCCUUCGCAAUUUAACAGUGGAAACCCCUCAUCUGUCCACAGUAAACUCCAGAUGAUAUCAGACCCACCAGAACCCAGCUGUGUCUCCAUGAAGAGUGAUCAGUCUGUGGAUCGUCCUUCACAAUUUAACAGUGGAAACCCCUCAUCUGUCCACAGUGAUUUACAGAAGGCAGGAGACGGAAGAGAAAAGAUCUUCAUCACAGAUACAGGACACGCCCCAGAAUCUGCUGCUGGAAAUGAAGUCCAGAAAAAGUUCAAAUUAAAUCUGAUGAAGAAGUUUCAGUGUUUAAAUGGAGUGAUAAUAAAGCAGGAAAACCGAGUGCUCCUGAAUGAGAUCUACACAGAGCUCUACAUCACAGAGGGAGACAGUGGAGACAUCAAUAAAGAACAUGAGGUGAGACAGAUCGAAGUGGCGUCCAGGAGAAAAACAACAGAGGAAACACCAGUCAAAUGCAAUGACAUCUUUAAGCCCUUAUCUGAAGAAGACAAACCCAUCAGAACUGUAGUGACGAAGGGAGUGGCUGGUAUCGGAAAAACAGUCUCUGUGCAUAAGUUCAUUGUGGACUGGGCUGAAGGGAAAGCAAAUCAGGACGUCCCCCUCAUAUUUCCACUUCCUUUCAGAGAGCUGAAUCUGAUGAAGGACCAAAAACUGAGUCUGAUGGAGCUCCUUCAUGUCUGUUUUAAGGAAACCAAAGAAACAGAAAUGUCCAGGUUGGGAAAGGUUCUGUUCAUUUUUGAUGGAUUGGACGAGUGUCGUUUCCCUCUGGAUUUCCAGAACACAGUGAGAGUGUGUGAUGUAACUGAAUCAGCAUCAGUGCAUGUGCUGCUGAUAAACCUGAUCAAAGGGAAUCUGCUUCCCUCUGCUCUCAUCUGGAUCACCUCCCGACCAGCAGCAGCUGAUCAAAUCCCCUCUGAGUAUGUCCAUCGAGUUACAGAGGUACGAGGGUUCAAUGACCCACAGAAGGAGGAGUACUUCAGGAAGAGGGUCAGUGAUCAGAGCCUGGCUGAGAACAUCAUCACACACCUGAAGUCAUUAAGAAGCCUCUACAUCAUGUGUCACAUCCCAGUCUUCUGCUGGAUUUCAGCCGCUGUUCUCGAGAGAAUGUUGGGUGAAGCAGAGAGUGGAGAGAUCCCCAAGACUCUGACUCAAAUGUACACACACUUCCUCAUCAUUCAGACAAACAUCAUCAGAGGAAAGUACUCAAAGAAGCAGGAGAGUGAUGAAGAAAUGCUUCUCAAACUGGGAAAACUGGCUUUUCAGCAGCUGGAGAAAGGCAACCUGAUCUUCUAUGAGGAAGACCUGAGAGAGUGUGGCAUUGAUGUGAUAGAAGCAGCAGUGUACUCAGGUGUGUGUACGCAGAUCUUCAGAGAGGAGGUUGGGCUUCACCAGAGUAAAGUGUACUGCUUUGUUCAUCUGAGCGUUCAGGAGCAUCUCGCAGCUCUGUAUGUGCAUCUGACCUUCAUGGAGGAAAAGAGAAAUGUUCUUGUUCAGAGUCGGUCUUUUAAAACAAAUUCAGAUGUACACAGGAGUGCUGUAGAUCAGACCUUAAAAAGUCAGACUGGACAUCUUGAUCUGUUCCUCCGCUUUCUUCUGGGUCUCUUACUGGAGUCCAAUCAGAAACUCUUACAUGCCUUAGUAACACAGACAGGAAAUAGCUCCCCGAGCAAAGAGGAAACAGUUCAGUACAUUAAGGAGAAGAUCAGUGAAGAUCUUCCUGCAGAAAAAUCCAUCAAUCUGUUCCACUGUCUGAAUGAACUGGGUGACGAUUCUCUAGUGGAGGAAAUCCAACGCUACCUGAAAUCUGGAAAACAAAGUGAACUCUCUCCUUCACAGUGGUCUGCUCUGGUGUUUGUGUUACUGACUUCAGCACAGGAGCUGGAGGAGUUUGACCUGAGUAAAUAUAGCAGUGCAGAGAAGAUACCAGAUGAGGUUCUUGUGAAGGUGAUGCCUGUGAUUGCAGCAUCCAGAAAAGCAAUGUUGUGUGGUUGUGGUGUCUCAGAUGAAGGCUGUGCUGCUCUGAGUUCAGCUCUGAGAUCAACCCCCUCACAUCUGAGAGACAUGAAUCUGUCUAAUAAUAAUCUGGGAGACUCAGGAGUGAAGCGUCUCUGUGCUGUACUGGAGAAUCCUCACUGUAAACUGGAGACACUGUGGUUGCGUGAUUGUGGUGUCUCAGAUGAAGGCUGUGCUGCUCUGAGUUCAGCUCUGAGAUUAAACCCCUCACACCUGAGAGAACUGGAUUUGUCCUAUAAUAAUCUGGGAGACUCAGGAGUGAAGCGUCUCUGUGCUGUACUGGAGAAUCCUCACUGUAAACUGGAGACACUGGGGUUGUGGGGUUGUGGUGUCUCAGAUGAAGGCUGUGCUGCUCUGAGUUCAGCUCUGAGAUCAAACCCCUCACACCUGAGAGAACUGGAUCUGUCUAAUAAUAAACUGGGAGACUCAGGAGUGAAGCGUCUCUGUGCUGUACUGGAGAAUCCUCACUGUAAACUGGAGACACUGGGGUUGCGGGGUUGUGGUGUCUCAGAUGAAGGCUGUGCUGCCCUGAGUUCAGCUCUGAGAUCAAACCCCUCACACCUGAGAGAACUGGAUCUGACUGAUAAUAAUCUGGGAGACUCAGGAGUGAAGCAUCUCUGUGCUGUACUGGAGAAUCCUCACUGUAAACUGGAGACACUGGGGUUGUGUGGUUGUGGUGUCUCAGAUGAAGGCUGUGCUGCUCUGAGUUCAGCUCUGAGAUCAAACCCCUCACACCUGAGAGAACUGGAUCUGUCUAAUAAUAAUCUGGGAGACUCAGGAGUGAAACGUCUCUGUGCUGUACUGGAGAAUCCUCACUGUAAACUGGAGACACUGGGGUUGCAGGGUUGUGGUGUCUCAGAUGAAGGCUGUGCUGCUCUGAGUUCAGCUCUGAGAUCAAACCCCUCACACCUGAGAGACCUGAAUCUGUCCUGUAAUAAUCUUGGAGACUCAGGAGUGAAGCGUUUCUGUGCUGUACUGGAGAAUCCUCACUGUAAACUGGAGACACUGGGGUUGUGGGGUUGUGGUGUCUCAGAUGAAGGCUGUGCUGCUUUGAGUUCAGCUCUGAGAUCAAACCCCUCACACCUGAGAGAACUGAAUCUGUCUAAUAAUAAUCUGGGAGACUCAGGAGUGAAGCGUCUCUGUGCUGUACUGGAGAAUCCUCACUGUAAACUGGAGACACUGGGGUUGUGUGGUUGUGGUGUCUCAGAUGAAGGCUGUGCUGCUCUGAGUUCAGCUCUGAGAUCAAACCCCUCACACCUGAGAGACCUGAAUCUGACUGAUAAUAAUCUGGGAGACUCAGGAGUGAAGCGUCUCUGUGCUGUACUGGAGAAUCCUCACUGUAAACUGGAGACACUGAGGUUGUGUGGUUGUGGUGUCUCAGAUGAAGGCUGUGCUGCUCUGAGUUCAGCUCUGAGAUCAAACCCCUCACACCUGAGAGAACUGGAUCUGACUAAAAAUAAUCUGGGAGACUCAGGAGUGAAGCGUCUCUGUGCUGGACUGGAGAAUCCUCACUGUAAACUGGAGAAACUGAGGUUGUGGGGUUGUGGUGUCUCAAAUGAAGGCUGUGCUGCUCUGAGUUCAGCUCUGAGAUCAAACCCCUCACACCUGAGACAACUGGAUCUGUCUGAUAAUAAUCUGGGAGACUCAGGAGUGAAGUGUCUCUGUGCUGUACUGGAGAAUCCUCACUGUAAACUGGAGACACUGGGGAUCAGUUGUGAGACGAUUAAAUGGAGAAGUGCUGAAGCUCUGAUGUGA